AUGAAGGCCCUUCGGGUUUUUCUUCUCGCUGGAGUUGGCCUCGCGCAGACUUGGAAAUCCAGCAAAGAGGAAAGAAAAUGGAAACGAAAACAAGCAAAGCUGAAAAAUGCCCGGCAGGAAGCGACACAAAGCUCUGAAAAGAAUCGUUUUUCUUUUGAACCGAUAAGAAACGAAACCGGGUCAUUUAUCAACACGCCGGGAGGGAGAGUCGAAGUCUUUGAAGAGCAAUCUCUCGAUGAUUUUGUCGCUGAAUCCGAGGUGUCUUGCUGGACCUGUAAUGGGUUAGACGAAGAUGAAUGUGGAGCUCGCGGGUCCUGGCAAGCUUGUCAUGGAGAUCAAAUUUGCGCUGUGGAGAUUCGUCGAAGAGGCUCUCGCUUCGAGGGAAUUCAAAUGGGUUGCAAGCAAGCCCAAGCCUGUUAUACAGCAAGAAACGAGAACUUCCACGAUCCUCAAGAAUCACAACAACAGUGUAAACUCGGCUCGAAAUUCCUCUCCGUUUGCCGCCAAUGCUGCAUCAACAAAAAAUGCUUCGUCUCUCACGGCCUCAACCUCCGCGGCGACGUCCCAAUCCCAUGGAAAGACUUCACCAAGCAAAUGUGGGUCGCUGACUACAAUAUCGGCUAA